AUGUAUAUAAGUGCUGAAUAUUUCACUGGUGUACAGCUUGGAUCAAUAAUAAAGUUAAUGUGUAUUGUACAACCUGAACAAAAUCUUAUUGCUAGUAUAUUUUCUGAUUGGAAUAAUUUCAAUGUAUUACAGAAAGCUACUCUAUAUGCUUUUACAUCUUUAUUUCAUGGUAACAAGGCAGCCGAUGAUAGGAAUGCAAUGUUUUAUGAAACUAUUCAGCCAUAUGAUAAUGUUGAAUGGAGUAAAAUUAUCAAUCACCUUUAUGACAAAUUACCUGAUAACAUUGAAUUUUUACAGGAAUUUUAUUUUGAGAAGGCAAGUAAAUAUUAUACAAUAAGAAUAAAAAGACUUUUGGAUAGGGAAAGGUUGGGUAAUGAAUUCAAUGAUAGUGUUAUAUUUGUUGCAAAGGUUUUUAUGAAAUACAAAUUAAGUAUAGUUCCUGAAUCUUAG